UACUAGAUAAAAUGGUAUUUAAGAAACUAGGUGUUUCUUUCGACUAUAAGGAACAUAUAAACGAAGGAAAGAUGUGUAUUUGCAAGACACUCUCUCCAGUUUUUACAUUUCUGAAGCUUUUCGGCUACUUUCCUAUCAGAUGGAAGCACGAGAAACAUAUUUGCGUUUAUGAAAAGUCACCGUAUUGGUUAAUUUAUACCGCAUUCAUAUUUGGUCUUCAGAUAUAUUUGGUUUUUACUAAUAUCAAUUAUAAAGAUAUUGUUAAUACUAGCUCGCUUUUGUUGCUAUUGAACAAUUUAACAAAUGCAAUUUACGGUCAUUACAUCAUCAUCGUAACUGCAAUUCUUUUUGUUAAAUACCCCUCGUACAUCGAAGCAUUGAAUAAACUAAUUGCAACUAUAAUACCGAAGCUAUUUUGCCAAUCUGCUAUGAAAAGAGUUCACCUCUUACAGUAUGUGAAAUUGAUUUCACUAUUACUCGUUAUACUUUUUCAAAUUGCAACUUAUAUUUGGUUCAUUUAUUAUGGAAAAUUCGACGAUAACCUAAAUGCUAGUAACGUAAUUUACAGGUUACUCUCCAAUUUACCAUUUGUUUUUUAUUGUUUGUUAUUUACAAUAUUUGGAAUGAUUAUUGCUAUAUUGGUAUGCUUCGAAAAGUUUACUAUUGGUUGUCUGAAAUACGUUCCCGUACAUCCAAUGAAAGAUAUUGAUACAAGCAGUAAUUCAGCUGAUUUUAUGGGUGUUGUGCAUUACGAGCUUUGUACUGAAAAUCAUCCAGGAAUUCCUCAAGUGAUGGACCGCAGACCAGCUGAAAUUGUCGAAUAUUUAAGAAUUUAUCAUGAAGAAAUCAGCCUGUGCAUUUAUGAUUGGAAUAAAUGUAUGGAUCCUUAUUUUAUCUUACACACAAUAGUUGAAUUAGGAGUGCUUAUUAUCCAUUGGUAUGCCGUUAUAGCUUAUAUGGUUUACAGUUUCAAAGACGCUCGAGCACCGACGAUACAUUUUUUAAAUUGUGUGUUCGCAAUAUCACAUACUUGUGGUUUAUAUUUAUUUUUAAAAAACGCCCAGUAUAUGAAGAAUACAAUAUUCGGUUUGAUCGACUUUCUUUUAGAAUACUCAACAAGAAUAACCGAUCCAGAUGAACAUCAACAAGUCAGAUUUUUUAUAGAAAAAAUAAAGAAUCAUCGUCCCUUCACAGCCAACGGGAUAUUCACAAUUGAUCUUGGAGUUGCAGGACCGAUAUCGGCUAACCUGCUCACAUACGUAUUGGUGGCACUACAAUUUGAAAUACCCAAGGAAUAACAUAUUGGUCACAUUAAAACUAGCACUUUAUAUUUCACUACUAUAUUCACAAAGUUUGUUCCAGCAGUAUGCCCUAAUCAUUUUUCGAACUAUAGUGCACCACGAAUGUCUAUAAUCUAUUAUGAACCUGGACCCAAUAAUUGCUCCUGGAACACCAUCUUUAACACAGGUAGAAAAAAGAAGAAAAUCAUCAUUUUUAUUUUUAUACCGUUUCGUAAUCUGUUGAAUUUAUGUUAAACGAUAACGCGGGCGCGAGCGUAAAAUUGAUCUUAAUACUGAAUAAAAUCAGUUGAUUGCUGGAACGUAAAACUUUUUAGCCUAGCUUGAACUUGAUACUGUUGGAACAUAAUUUUCAUAUCGCCCAUGAAAUAGUUACAGAGCUUUAGUUCUUCCAAUACCAAUUGCAGAAGACAGUAAUGCGACGAACAAUCAACAUUUCAUAAAUACUCAAGGCACACAUACCACUGUUUACCAAUGAAAACAUCGAAUCGUGAACAUAACAGUCCUCGAUAAGCAGUUGCGUGCCUUGGUGAAAUUUAUUUGAUUCAUAGUUCUCUUUAAAUAAAUAAAAAUAUGACGAUCUUUAGACCAUGGGCGAAUGAAGAUAAUGAAAUUUCACAUUGUAGUGAGAACACAGCAAGUUAUUUUAAAUAUAUUCGAAUGUUUAAAAAAGGAUAAUAUUCAGCAAUCUGAUAAUGCAAUCAUAAUAUAAAUUGCUGAAUUAACUAGAGUAAAAAAAAUAACCGAAAAACAUGUAAAGAAUAACUGAAAUCAGUUGACAAAGCUACUCAAGAUUUUAUACGUAGGACAAUUUUAGUUUAUAUAAGGAGAACAGGGUGACCACCCUAGAAGUUAUACAGGAAAAGACAGCGAAUUAUCUAAAAUACAAUUAUACCAGUUUAGAAACAUUGAGUCAAGUUUUGUCUUCAUGUGAUUUUAAACAAUAAAACUGAAUAAACGAAUCGUCAAGGAUAGUUUGAUGGCAACAAGAUUAUUUGCGUCAGAUAAAAGUCUACCGAAGUUCUAAUAGACGAAUGGGGUACAAAAAGGGCUCAGUUCACGUCUGGUAUCCUGUUUCAACAAAACUCCCUAACAGGCAGGUACAUUUUAUUCGUCUAUUCCCAUUUUAAAAUUUAAUAUUCAGUUGUAACAUGUUAACGAGGUCCAAGUAGGACUACAAUUAUGUGCAUCUGCCUAAAUGACGGCGUAUAAUGCCGUCCAAUUUAUAAUGAUUGCUUUUUAAAAAAUACUUUUUCCCAUGAGAUAUACAUAUUAUAUACAUAUGGUAGAUCAAACAACCACAAAAUUGUCGGCAAGGGUUUUCAUGUAAGUUUUUAUAAUCUGCAAUUGAUUAUGGAAGAACUAUACAGAGAGUCUGCUGGAAUAAACCUCAUAUUUUAGUUUUGGUAACUUCGGUCGAGGUAUAGGGCUCAUACCUAUAUAUAGUGUUAGAGCGGUUUGAAGUUUAUCCCUUAUCUUUUUUAUGUAUUUGUCAUUAUCUCUAGUAAUAACUAACCAUUAUAUUGUCUAUUUCACUUUCUAGUUAUUAAUUAUUCUGUUCACUUUCAUGUGUGUGAAUAUCAUGUAUGCGUAUUAUUAUAAUACCAUUUUUUCGAAUAGCCCCGUGUGAUUAAAAAAUAUGAAUUUAA